ACGGGGGCGCGGGGCAGAAGCGGAAAACCGAGCUGCGGUGCGAGGCUGGGCUCGCCCGGGCGCCUCGGAAGAGAUGCUGAUCAGGAACGCGAGAGCCCGACCCGCGCGCGCGGGGAGCUCUGAACAGGAAAUCUAAGCAGAAUAUCGUUCGUAUGCGGCGAAACUUCCUCGUGAGCCGCUGCUUAGCUGUAGGGGAAAUGAUGAGAAGUCACCGGAGUUUUACCUUUUGUUGUUUCCUUGGGUCCUGAGACAUUGUAUAUGCACGGACGGAUCUGAUGAGGAGCCAGACUGCGUAUCGGGGGGCCUCUAGUUCGCCGGACCCUCCCCUAUCGGAUUUUUUUCCUGGUCAGGUGGGAAACUCAAGUUACAGAGUCCAAGGAUGAACAUUCAUCGAUCCAGUGAAGGUGACAGAACAAUACGCCAGGAAUCUAGCUACUUAGUGGAAAAUAUCCCAGGUUCAUCCCAAGAAAAAGAAGAGAAUUGUCUGACAUCAUCCUGCUUGCAAAAUCCUAACCUCUCCGUGUGUCCCAGGAAUGAUGAUCUGUUAUUUGAUUACACCUCUCAGCCAGCCAAUCAUCAGUUCUCCAACAUCCCAGCCCUUCCUGAAGAUAUCAAAGGCAAUUGCUUUCAGACUGGAAAUAAGAGGAGCCAUGAGUCCUUCACCACUCCAGAACGAUUUGGAAACAGCAGUUCAGGCUUCAAUUGUAACUCAUACCCCCAUGCUCCAGAGAAGGUGACUCUCCUUGUAGACGGCACUCGUUUUGUGGUCAAUCCACAGAUAUUCACUGCUCAUCCGGACACCAUGUUGGGAAGGAUGUUUGGACCAGGAAGAGAAUAUAAUUUUACCCGGCCCAAUGAAAAAGGAGAAUUUGAAAUUGCUGAAGGGAUCAGUGCUACUGUGUUUCGAACAGUGCUGGAUUAUUAUAAAACUGGAAUCAUUAACUGUCCUGAUGGAAUUUCCAUCCCUGACCUUAGAGACACCUGUGACUAUCUCUGUAUUAACUUUGACUUCAAUACCAUCAAAUGUCAAGAUCUGAGUGCUUUGUUGCAUGAGCUUUCCAAUGAUGGAGCUCACAAGCAGUUUGAUCACUACCUCGAGGAGCUGAUCUUACCCAUCAUGGUGGGCAGUGCCAAGAAAGGAGAGCGGGAAUGCCACAUUGUUGUGCUGACUGAUGAGGACUCCGUAGACUGGGAUGAGGACCACCCUCCGCCCAUGGGGGAGGAAUAUUCUCAAAUUCUUUAUAGCUCCAAACUCUACAGGUUCUUCAAAUACAUUGAGAAUCGAGAUGUUGCAAAAACUGUAUUGAAGGAACGAGGACUAAAAAAUAUCAGAAUUGGUAUUGAAGGUUAUCCCACUUGUAAAGAAAAAAUUAAGAGGAGACCAGGUGGCCGGUCAGAAGUCAUAUACAACUAUGUGCAACGCCCUUUUAUCCAGAUGUCUUGGGAAAAGGAGGAGGGAAAGAGCCGUCAUGUUGAUUUUCAAUGUGUCCGAAGCAAAUCUCUCACCAACCUAGUGGCAGCUGAGGAGGAUGUCUCUGAAGAUCAGGAGAACCUGAUGCACCACCCUCCACAAGUGGAUGAACUGGAUCGGUUAAAUGCUCCCCUAUCCCAGAUGGCCCCUAAUGACUUUCUGGAUUAGGGCCAGCCAUUCAUCCAACCACGUCUAUAAAGUCCUUUUCUUCCUGGGAUGCACUCAGAGUUUGUCUCGCCCUGAACAUGAGACAUACUUUCUCCCUAACUCUUCCCCAUGUCACCAAUAAUAUUAAGCUGUAUUCUUUGAAGCAAGCUGAUGCCCCCUAAGAGGAAAUUAAUAAUGAGUAUUGACCACUGAAUCACCAAAUAUUCUGUAGUGAUCCUGGGCACAUGGGAAGCUCCUCAGGAUUGGUGCUGUCCUGGAAUAACUUGAGAAAGCUGAUAAGGAAGUUAAAAAAUCCCAUUUCCUCAAAUAGCGAAACAUUUCCUUCCCUCCUUUCCAUUCUUUUUCUCCCUUUUCCUUGCCAGGUACACACUUCAAUUUGGGGGGGGGGCAGCUUCUUCAGUUGCAAGGGGACCAGACCACCAUCCCAUUCUGCUACAUAGUACCCAUGGAAGACUGCUAAAGAACGCACCCAGAAUUCAGCUCAUCUAGGAGGAAUGAGGCCUUGUUUACAAAACAUUUGAGUUUUCAGAAGAUAAUCCUUCAAGAGUUUAAGUUACAUUGUCUUUUUUAAAAAAAAAUUAAAUCAACAAAACAUAGCAUUACUUAUCUUUUGAUAAAGUAUAAAUGGCAUAGCAAUAGGAUUUAUGCUCUUUUUACUUUGAAAUAUGGGGAUCUGAAUUGAUUGGGCUUUGUGGAAUGAAAAUCAAGAUGAAUGAAACCAUCCUGAUAGUUCACCCGUUCCCCAGUCAAAAUAAAAAUUCAGAAAUCCCAAGUCAAGCCAUUGUCUUUGCCUGUAAUUCAGGGGAUGUGGCUAGAAUGAAUGGGGCCAUGGCUAGAGGCUCUCAAAAUAUGGUCAGGAAUUUGUUUAUGAGGCCUCCAUUAUUCAAAUGAAAGAAUUUUAGGAUGCCUUUGUAGUUUAGUACCAGAGAUGGAGAAGGCCAGGAUCUCAGGAAUCAGUAGAUAUAGCCCUGUCCUGGUGCUAGGUAAAGGAAAACAAUCAGGGAUUUGGACUCUGGCUUGAAUUCUGCAACCCUAUUCAUGAGUUUUAGAUGACUCUCACUCCCAUACCAAAAUCCAUUCCAGCCUUCUGGAGAUGUGACUGAAAUGGUCUUAUUAUCCAGAUUCUAUCCUCUGGAUCUUGGUGUGGGUGGGGAAGUAACAGCACAUUCAAUUUUGGAAGUAGCCUCUCACCUGUUCACUCAGGGUAAUAGAAGAUGCCAGGUGAGAAGAAAGUAUUAAUGUUUGUUGUGGGUUUUUUUUUUUUUUUAAUACAAGUGUCACCUUCAAUGGCUCAGGGUGGAGAAAAUUACCUUGAUUUUUUUUAAAAAGUCAGUUGACUUAACCUCAUGCUAACCCAGAGCCUACUUUCUUUCCCUAACUACCACACUCCUAGAUCAAAUUCCUCUGAUGUGCAACUUGGACAGUGGGUCUUAGACUAUGAAUAUGACCCAGGAGAUAGAGAAGGACACAGUGUUGUAAGUACAGCUAAGUCUAGAUUUGUGCAAAUAAUAAAUCUCCUGAAAUGAUUGAAUUAUUUAAAUUCACACUGCAUAUUUCCAUUGGGCUGGAACCAGUGACCCUAUUUUACUUUAUUUUAACUUCUAAUCGUGUGAAUUUGAAUAGAUGCCGUUCCAGGAGAUUCUUUAUUCACAUUAAUUAGUAUCUAACUGUUUAUAUCUCUUUGUAACUAGGAACCAAAUGGGAUUCCAGAGCCAAAUAUAAAUGGUUAGGAGUUAUCUUCUGUUGUUGUAUGUUAUCUGUGCUACUUUUCUGGCAUUUAUUGCCAUGAUAGUCCCAAGUUGACUAUAAUUUUAGCCCUUCACAGUCUGUUUCUAAAAUUCAUGUUACUUUGACACUCUUACACCCUUUAAAUUCCUUUAAGACACUACAGGACGAGGUACUCUCCUCUCAUUUGCGAUUACUUUGUAAUCCAAGCCAAGAAAAUAGUAGUUUUGUACACAGUAUACAAAGUGUGCACACUUUGUAGCAGCAGUUGUCUCAGAGAAAAAGAGUAACUCUUCUGAACCCAGUGAGUUCUUAAGUAGAACUAUGUUUACUACUUUUUGUGACACAUUGAUGGUUGGUGAUGUCAAAAUCCAAAAUGCAUCUUCUCAAGAUAUUAUUGGGGCACCAUUGGAAGGAUAGACACUGAAUUGCUUUUCCAGUGGAGGUGAUUGAUUCUGAGCCAUCCAUGUGCCCUUCUCCAUCUCCUUUUUUUUUUUUUUAAUUGAUGGCAUACAUUUGUGAAUCAGCUGGUUAUCAUUAGAGCUACAGCCUGUGUGAGGAACCAUGUUUCCUCUGCAUGGAACUGAUUGGCACAUCCUAGAAUUAAAUCUACAACUUUGACCUCAUUAGCACUAAAUUCACAUCAAGAUAUGCUCAAAAAUGGUGCUUUCAUUGUGUUUCUGAAUAGGCAAACUCAUCAUUGCAAAGACCAUUCAGAUUCUACAGUCUUUAUUUGUAUAUUUUAAGACAUUAAUGAAGAUUUAUUUUCUUGUUGAAGUACAUGUUUAUCCCCGCUCAGUAUUUAGCUUUUAUGUUAUUAAUAUAAAAUGCAAACACUCCAAAAUGGAACUCCUACUUUGGUGUUUUUUAAAAGGUACAACUAUUGCAUCUAUUGGAAGAUGUCAGUGCUAUUUGAAGGAUAGCUUUCUUGGGCCAGCUUCAUUAUUUUCCUAAUUGUUAUUGGUAUGCACAAUUAUCUAGUCCAUGGAGCUAAAACAAGUUGGCAUAAACUGAGAGAAAACUGAUGUUGUGAUAGAGGUUCUUCCAAGAGAUAGUAGUUUCUUCUUAUUGUUUGUUAUUUAUUCAGUGUAUCCCUGAUGGGGAUAGUUGAGGGAUUGAUAGUUGAGAAACUCUGGGAGUUCAUUUGGGUGAGGAAAGUGGUAUUCUUUUGUCACUAGAUUAAAUGCUAAUGACUGUCGGUAGCAAUCCCUGGUUCAUCAAGUUAAUUGUGAGAUAUCAAAAGAUAUUCUCAGGGUCAGAGUAACAAUCCUCUGGGCGGAAAGUCAUCAUAAAAAAUUCUCUUUAAAUCUUUCCAAGCUAUAUAGCAAUGUCAGAGAUAGCAAAUGGAGAGGUGUUGGUUCCAGAGCAUCUCUUUAAGCCCAAUAUUAGGCUCUGGGGUUGGAGAAGAGGUGUUUUGUUUCCUGGCAUAAAUGGGGAGAAUCUGAUUCUAUUUCUUUUCUAAGUGCCUAAAUAAGUUAGUCAGGUUUUAUCAUACCUGAAGACAGAUUGUUUCCAAAGAAGAUGUUUUAUUUGCACUCAGACUAUCUUUCUUCCUUGGUGGCCAAGGUGAGAAUUUUAAAGAAAAAUGAUAGUUCUCUUCUGUUUGUUAUUACGUUAUCACAAGCUUGGGCAUAUUUUCAAUAUAGGGAUGAAGCAAGAAUAAGAAAGAGUAAAUGGGGUAGAAAUUUUAUAAUAGUGAACACUUCCAUUCUCAGUUAAUCACGGGAUCAUAAGACUCACACAGGCUCAUGUUAGUGUCCUUCAGUGUUUGAAAAGUCUCAUCCUACCAGGUUGCAUUUUGACAAGAAGAAAGGAUGAGAGUAGUUUGCGUAUGUGUGAUUGAAUUUCUCAUUCCUGCUGAGGGAAGAGAAUUGGGGAGAAUUUUUUAUUUAAACCCUCCAAGAUAGUUGGGAAUAAUGAAUUCCACACUUUCAUAUGCAACAGUAAGAAUUAUUUUAAGCCUCACUCAAGACAGAAAUGUAGACUGAUGUGGAUGUAUCAAAUCACUAUGGAAAGAGACCUAAAUGAAUGUGGUACAGUUUACAAAUAGGAUUCUUAGCAUGUUGAUCUAGAAUCCUCCAUUAGGAAUGAGCAAACAAAUCUAAAUUGAAAUAUAGGAGUUAAAUCAAACCAUUCCUUAAAAGUAUAAUGUAGAGCCCUUUACUUAAAAGAAAUCAUGUCACAGAAACAAGAAUUUUGGAGGGGAGUGAUAUUGGUGGCAAACACUACUCAGAGAAGCUGAGGCCCAGGAGUUCUGAGCUGGGCUCAGCCAGUCAGGUGUGCAUGCUGUCAGAUUCUAAUGUGGUAACGGGGAGAGAAGGAUCAAGCUGCAUUAAAAGGGAAAGAUUGUCCCAGGUUAGAAAGUAAAGCAGGCCAGAACUCUGGGAAGAUCAGUAAAGGAACUGGCAAAAAUAUGGCAGACACCUCUCUCCCCAGCCCUAAUAUCAAGGGCCAGCCUUUUUUUUCAUGUGUUAAAAAAAAUAAAAAUUAAUUAUUUAACUUUGCUGAUCAAGAUACUCUGAUUAGGAUGGGCCCCAAGAAAGUGUUAUCUUUAAAUGCUAUCUUCUAUUAACAGGUGGGAUUCUGGUUUGGUUUCCCCUGUUUUAUUUUGUAUUUAGUUUUAAUGUUGCACUUGUUCACUUCCUGCAGUGUUUAUGAGAUCCUAUAAUCAGGAUGCCUUUUUUCUAUAAUAAAGUUAUUUCUGUGUGCCUGA